UGCUCACUCGUUGAUUUCCGUUUAUCAUCGGCAUCUGAACAUGGCGACCGUCUCCUUGCGAAACUCAGCGACCUCGCUGUUGUUAUUUAGAAGGAGGUUGUUGAGCCCGGCGCUGAAUGCUCUCUGUUCAUAUCACAAAAAGGUGGUGGACCACUAUGAAAACCCGAGAAAUGUGGGCUCUUUAGACAAAAACUCCAAGAAUGUGGGGACAGGGUUGGUGGGUGCACCAGCCUGUGGUGAUGUAAUGAAACUUCAGAUCGAGGUGGAUGAAAGUGGCAAGAUUGUGGACGCAAAAUUCAAAACAUUUGGCUGCGGAUCAGCCAUUGCCUCCAGUUCUCUAGCAACAGAGUGGGUGAAGGGGAAGUCGGUUGAUGAAGCGCUGAAGAUAAAGAACACAGAUAUUGCUAAAGAACUCUGCCUUCCUCCAGUCAAGCUGCAUUGCUCUAUGCUUGCAGAAGAUGCUAUAAAAGCAGCGCUGUCAGACUACAGGCUAAAACAACAGGACAAGAAGGAGGAACGUGUCAAAGCUAGCAAUUAAUAUGUUGUUAUCAGUAUGGGGUAUCCCACUGAUAUUUCAGCACCAGCCAAUGUCUCGCAGCCGUGCGGUGGUGUAUAGAGGAUGAGUUGCCAUAAUACUACAUCAGGUCUUGUACCCUUCUGGGAUUACUGGGGGUUUUAUAGCCUUUAUAGCCUCUCCAUGGUUGUGGGGUCAGUCUCUUGAUUUCAUGCAAGAAUGACCAUAUGUUCAAGUGCCAGGUGUUAAUGGUGUCUAUGGAUUUAUCUCAUCAGAUGAUCAGAAAUGUUUAUUAAUUGAUGCUAAUUUUGGUGGUGGAAGUUAAUGGAGAAUGGGCACUUUUCUAUAGAGAACACAACAGAGAUGCAUCAUAAAUCAGAAGCUAUAAGUUGGGGUCUGCUUUUCUUUUGCAUAUUCUUUGGGAUUUAGGCUGUGUUUUGGCUUGAAUAUAUAAAACAGCUGCAUCCUUGUGGGAGUUCAGUAUGAAGAUGCACUUAGGUCAACAGCUUAAUUAAAUGUAUAAAACCAUAAUACAGAACAUUGUAUGAGACUGUGCUUAUUGUGAAUUAAAUGAUUAC